GAGAACAAUACCAGAGUCAUAAGGCCAGGAAAGCUUUUUUUUAAUAUUUUAUUUAUUUGACAGAGAGACACAGCGAGAGAAGGAAUACAAGCAGGGGGAGUGGGAGAGGGAGAAGCAGGCUUCCCGCGGAGCAGGGGGCCCGAUGUGGGGCUCGAUCCCAGGCCUCCAGGAUAAUGACCUUAGCCGAAGGCAGACGCUUAAGGACUGAGCCACUCAGGCGCCCCGCCCAGGAAAGCUUAUUAAAAUGCGAGUUCUCAGGCCGCCUGGGUGGCUCAGUCGGUUCAGCGUCUGCCUUGGGCUGGGGUCGUGGUCCCGACGUCCCGGGAUUGAGUCCCGAGAGGGGCUCCCUGCUCGGUAGGGAGUCUGCUUCUCCCUCUCUCUCUGCCCGUCCCUUGUGUUCUCUCUCAAAUAAAUAAAAUGCCAAUUCUCGGGGGGUGGGGGGGGGCUGCUUGGCUCGGGUCAUAAUCCCAGGGUCCUGGGUUGGAGCCCCGUGGGGCUACCCUGGUCAGUGAGAGUCUGCUUCUCCCUCUCCUUCUGCCCUUCCCGCCCAAGGCCCACCCCUCCCCACCCCCGCUUGUGCUCGUGCUUUCCCGCUCUUAUAAAUGAAAUCUUAAAAAAAAAAAAAUGUGAAUUCUCCAGCUCAUGCGAGAUGCGGUGCGUCAGGGUUAUCGGGGAGGGGCCCCCAAAUCUGAAGUUUUACCAGGGCCUCCCAAGAAAUUCUUCCUGCACUGAGAGGCUGGAGAAUCGGUGACCCAGGAAUAAAAGAGUUAAAGGAGGCCCCCAGCACUCGGGUUACUCUGGGGCGGAUGGAAGAGAAGCCCUUGCUGGGAUCAGGAACCGGGGACGUCCCACCCAAGCCCCUGGGCUCUGGAAGCGCUGAAGACCGGAAACGGGAACGCUUCCAAGGCUGCAGGAGGCCCCUAGGAGGCCAAGGAAGCGGCGGUCCCUCCCACGUCAGCAUGCUCUCGGGCCCAGACGGCGGGGCGCGUGCGUCGGAGCCUGCCGGGAAAUGUAGUCCUCAGGGCGGCCGCGCGCCUGCGUCCUGCGCAGCUGCCCCGGGGAGCCUGGGAAAGCCGUGGGCGCCGAGGCGCUGUGGGUGGCUCCCCCUUGACGCCUCCACAGAGAAACAGACUGGAAUCUGAGACUUCAGGCCCCAGAGAAAGUGUACAGGACCAGAACGGGGCGAUGGCGGUGGCCCUGGGCUGCGCGAUCCAGGCCUCGUUGAAUCAGGGCUCCGUGUUUCAAGACUAUGAUGCCGACUGUGAAGUCUUCCGUCAGCGCUUCAGGCAGUUCCAGUACAAAGAAGCGGCCGGGCCUCAUGAAGCUUUCAACAAACUCUGGGAGCUUUGCUGUCAGUGGCUGAAGCCAAAGCUGCGUUCCAAGGAACAAAUCCUGGAGCUGCUGGUGUUGGAACAGUUCCUCACUAUUCUGCCCGCGGAGAUAGAGACCUGGGUGAGAGAACAUUGCCCAGAGAAUAGAGAAAGAGUUGUGUCACUGAUUGAAGACUUACAGAGAGAACUGGACAUACCAGAGCAGCAGAUCGAUAGGCAGGAAAUGCUGUUGGAGGAGCUGGUACCCGUGGGACCCGCGCACGUACCGCCGAACGUCCACCUGGAGUCGCCCCCACUGCAAGUGAUGGGACCCGCCCCGGACGCCCCCGUGGCGGAGGCCUGGAUGCCCCAGGCGGGGCUGCCGGAGCUGGGCUUCGGUGCUGCCGAGGACUGCCGGCCCUUCCUGGACCCUGGAUAUCCCAUACCAAAGCUUGACGUGAGCUUUCCAUUGGAGCCUCGGGAAGAAGCGUGGGUGAAGGAACUACAAGAAUCCAAAGAAAUGAAGCAAUUACUUGAUUCCAAGAUAGGUUUUGAGAUCGGGAUAGAAAACGAAGAUGAUACUUCAAAACAGAAAAAACUGGAGAACAUGUACCCAUUUAUUGUUACUCUAGAGGGGAAUGCUCUCCACGGGCCCAUCUUGCAGAAGGACUAUGUACAGUUGGAGAAUCAAUGGGAGAGCCCCCCAGAGGAUUUACAGACAGAUUUAACAAAACUGGUAGAUCAUCAGGACCCCCCAGCAGGAGAGAAACCUGAAAAUUCCAACAUGGAAGAACCUCUUAACCCCAGGCCCCAGAAGAAAAAGAGUCCAGGGGACAAACCUCACCGAUGUCCUCAGUGUGGGAAGUGUUUUGCUCGGAAGUCACAACUUACGGGGCACCAGAGAAUUCACUCAGGAGAGGAGCCCCAUAAAUGCCCUGAGUGUGGAAAAAGAUUCCUCCGUAGUUCAGACCUUUAUAGGCACCAACGGCUUCACACAGGGGAGAGACCCUAUGAGUGCACCGUGUGUAACAAGCGAUUCACUCGGCGGUCGCACCUGAUAGGCCACCAGAGAACCCAUUCUGAAGAAGAAACGUACAAAUGCCUGGAGUGUGGGAAAAGCUUUUGUCAUGGAUCAAGUCUCAAAAGGCAUCUGAAAACGCAUUCGGGUGAAAAACCUCACAGAUGUCCCAGUUGUGGUAAAAGUUUUAGUAGACUGACAGCUCUAACUUUGCAUCAGAGAACUCACACAGAAGAGAGACCUUUUAAAUGUACUUACUGUGGGAAAAGCUUUAGACAGAGACCAAGCCUUGUUAUUCAUUUACGAAUCCAUACAGGGGAGAAGCCAUAUAAGUGUAGUCAUUGUUCUAAAAGCUUCAGGCAGAGGGCAGGCCUUAUUAUGCACCAGGUCACUCACUUUAGAGGACUUCUUUGAGAAUUGUCAAAGGCAGCAGGCUCCUACAGAAAUUGACACUCAAAAAAAAAAAAAAAAAAAUCUUAACCGACAGCAGCCUGUUUGUCUUGGAGGAAUCUUUUCGUUUGAGCUUAUGAGAACAGGUUUUAAGAACUAUUUUAAAACCCCGUCUUCCAAAGUAUGUGAAUUCUAGUGUAUCCAUCUAGUCUUGCAAUGUUCCCAGAUUCGAUUUAUUCUGUCUCUUACUUAUUUUUUUUUUUUUUAUGACAAUGAAAUCUUUUGUGUCCCGGGCCAACCGUAUCAUAGAUAUAAAGCAUAAAGCAUAUCACGGAUGACAAUCCUUUUCAGGGUAGGGUUCAUAUGAUGGAUAAUCGUGUCCACCAACAUAUCUCCUGUAGCAGCACCAGAAUUAUUCUGCUGUCAUUAUUUUUUUUUAAACAGCAACUCUUUUUUUUUUUUUUAAGAUUUUAUUUAUUUAUUUGACAGAGAGAGACAGUGAGAGAGGGAACAUAAGCAGGCAGAGUGGGAGAGGGAGAAGCAGGCUCCCCGCUGAACAGAGAGCCCGAUGCGGGGCUUGAUCCCAGGACCCUGGGAUCAUGACCUGAGCCGAAGGCAGACGCUUAACGACUGAGCCACCCAGGCGCCCCUCUGCUGUCAUUAUUAAAGGCGAUUAUAUUCGUUCAAAGCUUUAUGUGUCAUAACUAGCAAGAAAGGAGACAGUGUAUUUUGUCAAAUAAUAAAAAUGUGUCGGGAACACAUUUGCCUGGUAAGAACGGGGUUAUUUCCAUAGAAAGUUUUUAUGUUUAAGGAAAGUAAGAUUUUUACCCUUUAGUUAUGAAUUGUGCAGAGUUGGCUAGUCUGCUUAGUCGGUGGUCUGGGGUGAUGCUGCUUAGAGCCGAGUAUUCAUUUGAGGAUUUCUUUUGUUCACAGAAUAAGUAAGCUCUUUGUGGAAGAAUCCGUUUGACAGUUGAUGUCAUCCAAGUAGAAUUUGAUUUAAUUUAGACUGACUGAGGAACCAGUGUCUGUUGCUUGGUACUCCUUUGGUAUUCACCCCUGUGUCUCUCAGUGCUUUUAAAAUUUUACCCAUUCUUUAAUUCAGUGUCCCCCUAACUAUGUGUCGUAGAGCACUUAGUUCUACAAGAUACUUUACAAAUAACUUCGGGACUCCCUGCUGUCUCCACUUUCUAGAUUCACGGUGCCCAUCAGCAUAUGAGGAUGUCUGAGAGGCCGUCCGGUAAAGGUGUGGCAAGAGCACCUCUUUUGGCUCAAUGUUUUGCCAACCUAUUUGACCCCAGAACCCCUUUUCAUGUCCACCCAGUGAUAACCCAGAGAACCAGUAUUCGGCAGAUAUUCCUUGGAAUACACUGUCUUUAACAGAUGUAUCUAUAGCUGUCAGUAUAGUCUUGUCGCUCCCAAGCCUAGUUAUCUCCAGUUGUUUCAAGGGUGUUAUGAAAAGUUCUUUACAUAUAUACAUUUUUUUUUAUGUAAUACACACACACACACACACAUCAUUUUAAGGAGGUGUGAGGGUCACUAAUUGAGAUAAUUUAUAUGUCGCUCAGUGAUUCUCAACCUCUUUGAAAUUUACUUAUAACCACACACACAUAUUGCUACUUAUAUAAACAUUCUCAUGUAAUCGCGGUAAUGACUCAAAGUCCUGUAACAAGGGAAGAGCUCUCUUUGUCAGUUAUAGCUGUUGAUACCUGAAAAUAUUCCUUCAGCCUACCUAGUUCCUUGUUGUGAAAUACAAGAGGUAGGACAUUCAAGUAUUUUCCCUUUUUGAAGAUACCAGUCAUUCUUUCCCUAACCUAGAAUUACGGAAAGUAUAUAUAUUUUUUCUCUUCCAUUGAAGUUCUCGGAAGUGAUAUUGACUAUAAAUAUUUCGGGGGCAACUACGAUGUGCCCAGCUAGUCCUGUUCUAGGCUUAAUGGAAACCAGUAAAGACAUUAAUCUGUGAGUCAGGUGCAUAAGGAGUUUAUAAUAUCGUUAGUUAAACAAGAGUUGGGAAACACAUGGAGAACAAUGCAAGAGAGUUUGGAAUUAAGUGCCAAAUCAUAUGAAGCGCUAGAGCCAGGGUGUGUCUUUAAUUCUUGUCAUCCGGGUCCCUGUAAGAUGCUGCUAUAAGUGUGGGGUUAACGUUGAGAUCCCAGUAGCAAUAAACAUGUAACGUGGGAGGAGUCUGAAUGUAGAGAUGAACAAUACGGAAUGUAAUGGCUUCUCUUUUCUCUCUUGUGGACUUGCAUUCAAACCAGGACAGUGCCUUAGAAAGGAUGUGCCCAACUGCUCUGUAUCUAUGCAAUAUUUUAAUAAAGUGGAAAUGUGUAUGCUC